UGCUACAGAGCAAACAAAUCAGGGAGACACAUGGAAGGUGAGCUGUAUUGAUGACAUUGGGACACUGCUUAAGAACUGGAUAAAAUGGGAGAAAAGCGAACACGAUGUAAAAACAUCAGGAAUAGCUACGCUGAACUCAGACCCUCUCGCACAGACAGACAAACAGAGAUUAUGGGAUGAGGAAAAUUUCGGAAAAGAAACAGGUGGGACUGAUAACCCCGAAGUCAGAGUGAGACAGAAUAUUAAAACUAAAUCACCAGGAGAUUAUGUACUAAUAACGCGAGAAAGGGCGGAGCCGAAGCUCCGAGGCAACUCUCCAGGAAAACGCACACCACGCACAGACGGCCGACACAAACAUCGCGACAGGCACGACGCACCAGACAAAUAUAAAUCAAACACCCCACAAAAACCACAUAAGUAUGAGCCAUGGGACAAACAUGAGUCACCGAGCAAAGUUGACCCACGUUACAGGCGCAAAAUACACUACAAAAAUCAUGUUAAGCAACGCCACCGUGAUGUUAAUGACUCAUCCGAAUCUGACUCGGAUGACGAUGAUCAACUUUCCGAAUACUCGUUCAGUAGUAACACUCUGAGAUUGAUGGACAAAGCUCUCGUCCGAAUUCCCUAUUUUGAUCCACACAAUAAGAACAGGGACAUUCACACUCACAUCGUAACGGUAGAAGCAGAAGCAAUGAUCAGGGGUCUGAGGAAAACGGAUGAAAAAGCGAGUUUGCUGAAACGCAGCUUGCAUGGACAGUCCAUAUCAUGGGUAAAGUCGCUACCAUACGAGGUUCGGAACGAUUUUAAAAAGCUGAGCCUGGCAGUGAUUCGGAAGUUUGGAGAAUAUCUAACACUGUCUGAGGGAUUUAACGCUGCAAAAUCUAUGACCCAGUGUGCAGACGAGGAUCCUCGGGAUUACCUCAUGCGAUUUAAAAGAGCGUACUACGCAGGCGAUGUGGAUCAGUAUCACGAAGGUGACAAAAGGUUCAAAAUUAUGUUUUUUGGAUCUUUGAGUCCAGAGAUUACAGAAAUUGUGGGAAUGGUCUUGAGUCCAGAGACAGCCUCCUUGGACCACAUAGUGGAUCGGGCACACAUGGCUUGGCAGUACCGGACUAAAAACAAUGAUUCCACAGCACACAGAGAAUGGGGCAAGGUAACCAGCCUAUCAGAGGAAAAGAAAAAACAUGUGAGGCAUUUGAUGCACGCAGGCCCACAGUGCAGAAAACAAAAAGCACCCACGGAUUACCAACAUAAUUACAUACACGGGUGGUCAGAUAACAAUUACACGAGACAAUGGCACGCAGACCGGGAGCGAUCGCAGCGUGCAGAGACGCGUAUUUGCGACAAUCGCCACGGGUGGAAGCAAAGAGCAGGACCAUAUCUUCACCCAAUGCAGCGGCACACAGCCGGCCAAAAUUACCCACACAGAUGGCGAGAUAACAAUUACGGUCGACAGUGGCACAUAGAGAAUGGGCGGCCACGACACACAAAGACACAUAAUCGCGAGAAUCACGGCGUGUAUAGGCCAAGAGCAGAAUCACGCCGAUUCCCCAUUCCACGAUACACAAGGGGCACACAUGGCUUGGCUGUAACAAAGAGGGUGACAUGGGCACGUGAUAAAUCGCUCACACUGGUUGAGAGGAAAAUGACAGGGAAAGAGGUGUCCGCUGAUCUGAAAAAAAAAUCACAGCCCUUGGAAAAAAUCAAGCAGGCUGGAGGUUACAAACAGAACCAAGAGGGGAACCAUGAUUGUGGAAAACUAAAUGCGCCAUGCACACGCUUUGAUGUGGUGGGGAACGCGAGAGUCGCUCCCGUGGUGAACACACCUAUUGAACAAGGAAAAUUAACCAUGAAGCGUGAUCUAACAGGAAAUGAUAACCAACAGGAUCGGGAGGAGAAACAUGCUUGUUUGGUAAAUGGAAACGCGAUCAAUUGUGUCGCAAAAUUGCGUGAGAGUACAGUAGAAGUGCCAGGGAAACGCGUUACGGAGACAAAAAUCCAUGAUGGAUUGGGGAAUGUGUGGAAAUCCAGCACACGCAAAAACAUGGAAUCGAAUCGAGGCACGGAAUCGGAUCGUGGUACGGAGUCAGCAAAUCUGCACAUGGCUGCGGAGAAGGCAAAUGACCCCAACAGUCGAGCACGAAAACUCGUGUUGUGUACUAAUCCUGGUGGCGCUCGACAUGGCUUCACGCCACAUAAACCCACAGGGAAGGCGAGGGAUAAAAAAAAUUACCGAUACGAACCAAGGAACCGUGCUCAUUUGGCUAAAGCCAUACCGACGAUGAACCAAAACGACGAUGUGAUGAUGUUGCAUGGAAAGGUCACAGGUUACUCGAAAAUACCUGGUCAUGAGAAAAAUUAUUCUGUACUUUUGACCAAAUGUGGCAGUAAGGUUGCCAAUAACUUGGUAAACAUUAAACAAAGAGAUGCCAGGAGGGAAACGGUGUACCACCGGGCUCGAAACCGCUAUCCAGUGUUUCCCAGGAACUGAAACAAAAAUCAAAGUAGCAAUAAUUGAUAAGAACCGAUGUAACAUGUUGCCUUAAUUUUUUUAUUUUUCCUGUUCUUUUAUUUUCUUAUUUCAAAUGUAAUCAUGCUAAGUUGUGACACGUACGCGCGCGUUGUAAGGAAAAUCACAAACUCGAAGACAAUCAAUGCUUAUGAUGGGAAAAGGCAUUUUUCUUUUAUUUUAAAAAUAAUCCGUGGCAGACCACAGAUCAUUUUUAAAAGGGUGGUGUGUUGGAUAUGAGCCUUUUUCCAAAAUUGAUAUCAACAAUAAUAUCUGCCGAUAUAUAUAUUUUUUUAAAAUAAUAACAAAGAAAUAAUGCAUAAAACGCAUCAACCCAAAAACACGCAAACACAGAUGGAGAUCAUAAACAGGCCAUAAAUAAAAAAAGAAAUAAUAAAACUCUCGAGGCGAGGAUGUUAACAGCUAUCUGCGAAGAUCUCCAGAUGAACAAGAGUUUGAUGUGCCCCUUUGGAAAGGUCACCCAGAGGCGAGCCUCAGGAAGACAGAUGCGAGUUAAACCAAUUUUUUUUAUUUUCCUUAUUUGCCAUUAAAACAACGGUUUUAAUUUAAAAUGCAACAACAAGAAUAAGCUAAAAUUAGCAAUCCUCACGAUCACUCCAAUUAAGACCAGGCCACCAGAUGCAUCAGUGAAUCCUUAUCCAAUUAUUAAUUCGAUAUCAAAUUAUUUUCACCUUUAAUACGUUUUACUGUUAAAACAAAGCUUGGAGACAGAAAUACCGAGUCACAUCAAAGAUUUUCGAGAAGGAAUGAGACAACGGGCAAACUUACGAAACGAGUUAAACAAUACUCCAAGAAACCCCGACCACCUUUGUCUCUCUCGCAGCGCGGAGAAACAGGAAUUCCACCCUGGCAAGGGGCCAUCUGGAAGCAGCCGGGUUUAAUGAGAAAACAAAGAUCCCCCAUAUAGCCUUAACAGACUGUAGGGGCAAGUGCUGUUAGCGAGC